UGAAUAAUGAAAAGACAAGAGAAAAUAUCCGAUACAGGAAAAGCACAAGAAACGCGAAUCGGCACUGAUUUGAUUGAUAUGAUCAAGACUGCCUAUUAUUAUCGGGUCCAGCAGCACCGCAGAGCCACUGGGAGAGGGCAGACCCAUCCCUGCUCUUUGUCGUCGCCAUUUUUUUGCCUUUUCGCCCCUCCGAUGUUGAGAUGAUCGUUGCUGCUAAUGAUAAUAUUGUCCUCAAUACCCUCAGAAUCGUCCUACAUUUGGAGGACCCUCUGCCAUUAAUAUUAAUACCCAGCAGGGCCUUUGCAGCUGCCCAGUCCUAGUCCCAGCUCGCCUUUCUCUGCCCCUCCCCAGUUGCCCCUAAUCUCCCGCCGUUUCUCAACUUUUUCUUCCUUCGCCUUCCUGGUCCCUUCUUCCCUCCUGACACAAUCCUCAUUCUCUCAGAAACAUACCGUUCACCGCUUCAACAUGUCUUCUCGUCCUCAGAACAUCGGCAUCAAGGCCAUUGAGGUCUAUUUCCCCAGUCAGUGCGUCGACCAAGCGGAACUGGAGAAAUUCGAUGGCGUGAGUGAAGGGAAAUACACAAUCGGUCUGGGACAGACCAAGAUGAGCUUCUGUGAUGAUCGUGAGGAUAUCUAUUCCAUGGCCCUGACCACCCUCUCCUCCCUUCUCCGCAAGUACAACAUCGACCCCAAGUCCAUUGGCCGUCUGGAGGUCGGCACCGAGACCCUUCUGGACAAGUCUAAGUCUGUGAAGUCGGUCCUGAUGCAGCUCUUCGUGCCGCAUGGGAAUACAAACAUCGAGGGCAUUGAUACGGUCAACGCUUGCUACGGUGGCACCAACGCCGUGUUCAACAGCAUCAAUUGGCUCGAGUCUUCCGCCUGGGAUGGCCGGGACGCCAUUGUUGUGUGCGGUGACAUUGCCCUUUAUGCCAAGGGUGCCGCUCGCCCUACCGGUGGUGCGGGCUGUGUGGCUAUGCUAAUCGGCCCUGAUGCCCCUAUCGUGUUUGAGCCUGGUCUCCGUGGCACCUACAUUACCCACGCUUAUGACUUCUACAAGCCCGAUCUCACAAGCGAAUACCCUGUCGUUGAUGGCCAGUUCUCCCUCAAGUGUUAUACCGAAGCCGUUGACGCUUGCUAUAAGGCUUACGGGUCCCGUGAACAGGCCUUGAAGGCCAAGGUCCAGAAUGGCACCAACGGUGUCGAGCAUGCUGAUGAGACAAAGACACCUUUGGACCGCUUCGACUACAUUCUCUACCAUGCGCCGACCUGCAAGUUGGUACAGAAAUCGUACGGUCGUAUGCUGUACAACGAUUACCUUGCGAACCCAAGCCAUCCGGCCUUCGCUGAUGUUCCUCCCGAGCUACGUGACUUGGAUUAUGAAAAGUCUCUCACCGAUAAGACUGUCGAGAAGACCUUCAUGGGUCUGACCAAGAAGCGUUUCAACGAGCGUGUGAAGCCCGGCCUUGAAGUCGCUACCAUGUGUGGUAACAUGUACACUGCGACUGUCUACGCUUCCAUUGCCAGUUUAAUCAGCAACGUCACCUUCGAUCCUAGCCAACCGAAGCGGCUUGGAUUUUUCAGCUAUGGUAGCGGCCUUGCCAGCUCCAUGUUCAGCGCAAAGGUUGUCGGUGAUGUAUCAUACAUGGUUGAGAAGCUCGAUCUCCACAACCGCCUCAACGCCAGGAAUACUUUGGCCCCCCAGGCCUACGAUGAGAUGUGCGUCUUGCGCGAACAUGCACACCUGAAAAAGAACUUCAAGCCAGUUGGCAACCCGGAUACCCUUUCCCCUGGCACUUACUACCUUACUGAAAUCGAUGACAUGUUCCGGAGGAAGUAUGACAUCAAAGCAUGAAGACCUGCAAGUGAUUGUAGGGAUUUUACCUCUUCUUCGUUCACCUCCGUUUUUUUUGGUCAUGACGGGUUUCUAGACGGGCUAUAGACUCUCGAGUUGUAUUUCAUAUAUCUUCUCGGUUUUAUAGACCAAUGGGUGCAGCGCGUGAUGCCAGUUUGGUGCUUUAUCCUAGAUUCCAGGAAAGGUGAAUUUUUCUCCUACCCGUGCGUGGACGGAAAAGCACCUUGCUUUUUAUGAACAGAGCUGCCUUUUUCUCUGUUUACUGACCCGAUUUCGCUAUUUUGUUAUUAACCUCUUUAAUCUCCUGUGUCACAUAUGACAGUUAAUAAUUCUGUAUACUUAUAGAGUCAAAUUAUUUUGAGUCUUGUCCAUUUCCGGUUGUUCAUCAUCUGCCAGAUUUUCUCGGAGACAUUGAAUGUCUACUAUCUACCUAGAUAGUAGCUCCUACAGUGCACCUAGUAGGGAUACUGGAUGUUUUCCGGCACAGCCGCCGAUAGCUG